AACCAUAAUAACUUGAAUCACAGAUGAGAAACACUGAAGAAUGCAGUUAUUUCAGUCAGAGGACCACUACAUCUUGCAUGAUGGGGAGUUUUCGUUGUGGUGUUGUCGACAGUCAGGAUCUCUUGAAGCCAAAAAAGGAGAUGAAAUAUGCCUGGCUUGGAAUCCAGUUUGCAUUGGUCUUGUGUAUGGAUUGAUUGGAAAAAUAAAGGUUCAUCCAGAUGAUGACUGGCGACUGAUUUUAAUCAAACAAAAAUCAGUGGUAGGAAGUGUGUUGGAUGAUCAUCAGAUUUAUAAAGUCAACAAAGUCAUUAUUUUACCACUCUCAGAUGCCGACCCUCAAGAAUUCGAUUUAGAUCUUUGCAAUGUACAUCAUUUUGGCAUAAGGAAACCCAAAACAAUUUCUCAAACUGGAAUUCAACAGAAACAGUUGCAGAAUGCAUGGAAGACAAUCAAAUCAGGAAUGGAUAAUGUCAAACCCAAGAAGAAAGAUGUCAAAGAUAAAGAAAAAUUUGUCAGAAGAAUAAUGGAGGAGCUGCAGAAGAUGUUCACAGAUUCGGACUCAUUCUACUACAGUGAGACAUUUGAUUUGACCACCAGUUUACAGCGACAACAUAGUGAAGGGUACCAGUCAAAUAAACACCUCCCGCUUUGGCAGCAAGUGGACCCUCGCUUCUUUUGGAACCGGCACAUGCUAGACGAGCUGAUUCAAGCGGACAAAGACCCAGAGGUAGAAAAGCUUUAUUCUCACUGGAUUAUCCCAGUAAUCCAGGGCUAUGUCCAGAUAGAGAAUUGUGUGUUGGAUUUCACUCAGUCCUCAACAUCAACCCUAGAUCUCAGUCCGGAUUAUGGAAACUCCAGGCAUCUGGAACCUCUGGAGUACCAGCUAGGAAUCAUUUCCAGACGGAGCAUCCAUAGAGCAGGGACAAGAACAAAGAUGCGGGGUCUUGAUGAAACAGGAGCAUGUGCCAACUAUGUAGAGACGGAACAGAUAAUCCGUUUUUCACACCAUGUGGUGUCCUUUCUGCAAAUUCGUGGUUCCAUCCCUGUGUUUUGGAGUCAGUCUGGCUACAAGUACCGCCCACCUCCUCGUCUCACGAAAGGACAUAAGGAGACCCAUGAAGCUUUUUGCAGACACCUGGAUGAACAGCUCUCCCUGUAUUCCCCCAUCUUGAUCAUUAACUUGGCUGAACUUACGGGCAAAGAAAAGGAACUGAGCGAUGCCUAUCUCCACCACAUCAUUGAGUUCAACUCGCCUCAUAUCACCUAUACCUCCUUUGACUUUCAUGAACAUUGCCGUGGCAUGAAGUUUGAGAAUGUGUCCAUACUGACUGAUGGAGUCAGCGACAUGAUCAAGGAGAUGAGAUACUGCUGGUUGAGCAGGGAGGAUACAAUCUGUGAACAAAGAGGCGUGUUCAGGGUCAACUGUGUGGACUGUCUGGACAGAACCAAUGUCAGUCAGACAGCCGUCGCUCGAAUUGUCAUGGAAACACAAUUGAGAAAGCUUGGGAUUCUUCCACCGGAUGAGAAUCUUCCCUCCAGCUGUAAGAAGAUCUUCCAGGUUCUAUGGGCCAACAAUGGUGAUGCCAUCAGUCGCCAGUACGCUGGCACUGCUGCUCUGAAGGGGGACUACACAAGAACAGGGGAGAGAAAACUUACUGGCAUGAUGAAGGAUGGUGUUAACUCAGCUAACAGGUACUACCUGCGCUUCAAGGACAGCUACCGACAGGCCACCAUUGACCUGAUGCUGGGACAGCUGGUCAGUACCGAGGCCAUGAUGUUGUCCUCGGACAGACUGGACUCCUCCGAGGGCGAGGAAGAGGAGGACUCCAAUGAGCUGCUGGAGAAAGAGGAGAACCUAAAAAUGCUGAUUGAGGACGCUAAGAAGAUGCUGAUCAUUGAACCGGAGCAGUGUAUGGGAGGAUGGAGUCUGAUUAAUGCAGACCCUCAGACAGGAGAUGAGGACCGGUUGGAUAUGGACAUCAUUCUGCUCCUCAGUCAGAGGUCAGUGUAUGUAGCCUGGUACGAUGAUGAGGAGGAACAAAUCGUCCAGUAUCAGAGGAUAUUCCUUGAGGACAUAGUCAAAAUGGAAAUAGGAGCAGAGCCGUCCAUUUUUAAAUCCAAGUUUGUGUGUUUGCGGCUCCACUACCAGCACUAUGCGGAGGACGGAUUCUUCCACACAUUCAGGAUUCCUCGGACCAGGCUCUUCAACAACAUGAUCAUUGCUGUCAAAAACAUGGAAGAUGCUAAAGAGAGUCUUAGAGCCAUUCAUCAGGCUUUUGCUGCUGCCCAAGAAAUUUUGUCUUUAAAAUUGGAACUUGAAACCAAGUCAAAAUUAGACAGGAGGAAAACCAAGCCGCACCCUGAAGUCCAGAACAUUUAUGUAGAACAACAGGAGAAAACUCUGACCAACCUCCACGUACCUAGAGAUUUAUCCUCCGGGGAACUCAGUAAAUUGUCAGGCAGAGCCUCACCCAGGUCAAGGUCACUCAGAAGUAGUCCAAGGUCAGUCAGUCCAGUGAUGUCAUCGCCAGUCAGCAGUCCAAGUCAACCAAGGAAGAAUUUAUUUCCAAACUUUGUAAACAUUACCAAGAAUGUAACCAAAAAUGUAACCAAAAAUAUCAGCUCCGGAAUAAAACUACCGAAGAUUUCGCUGCCAAAACUUGACAGGAGAGGUGAAACAGCAAAGGAUGCUGGGAAUGAGGAUGAUGAAGCCGUGGAAGACAGAAGUCGAAACUCUGUAAGAUGGUCUAGACUGAACUCACAAGGCAGUCAUGAUGACAGCGAGAUUGAAAUUAAAAACAGGCAUUCGCAGGACUUUGAUGACAUGGUUUUGGUCUCUUGUGGAAUCUUGGAAACUUCCAAAAUGCCCAGCUCUGAAUAUCCUCCAGCAAAACAACCAGUCAAUAUUUCUAUCGUCGAGGAAGAAAAAGUAGAAGGAGUGGACAUGGAUAACUCAAAUCUAGAGACUUCAAAAGAAAAAGUUGAAGACUUGGACCCAGAGAACUCAAAUCUAGAGACAGAUUCCAAGAACCUCUCCAAGACCCUAAAAAUACAAACUCCAGGGACAACAACCAGAAAAAUGCACCGAAUCUUUGAUGCCAUUCAGCAGGAGUUGGAGGCCAUGAUAGGAGAGCGGGAAUGCCACACACAGUUUAUAUUUUUAUGAAGUUUAUACUGUUUAGGACAUUAUUCUCUUAUUGCGGCACAUACAGUUGAGACAUAGACAAACUCAAGCUAACUUAUUUACACCAAAUUUUCCCCACUGUCUGUUUUCAUUCCAUCUGUGAUAUCUGUUCCCUAUACGUCUGUAUCACCAUUUUAUUUGUGUAGGGUAUCUUAACUUAUUGUACGUCCCAUAUUUAUUAAUGACAACUCAACUUAGCAUUACUGUAUACCGGUACAUACAGGAAAAUAUUCGCCUCCAUUUUAUUUUUGCUCUUUUCGCCCAUGUUUGUCAGCAGGUAAAUUUAAGACUGGGCAAAUUCCAGUGUCUCAAUUUAUCCCUUUUGAACAAAAUUAUGUCUGGUGGAAUUCAAGACGGGGCAAAAACUGUUUGCAAGUGUAGAGGGGCAAAUAUUAAACGGGCGUGAAAGUAACCCCGUAUACAGUAUUAAAAUACCUGAUAGUUAUUAGGAAGAACAAGCUGUCGAUACAUUCCUUUGAAAUCAAUGCUAAUUUUUCAACAUCAGCUCUUAUCAGCUCUUCUGGUUUACAGAAACAACUCUAGUUUAAUUCUGUUUGAGGACAUUUAAAAUUUUUCCGUUUCGAAACAUUGCAUCUUGUACAGGCAAGUUUGAGUACUAGUAGUUUACACAACGAAAUCGCCUAGUUUCAAAAUAUUCACAACGAAACUUAUCAUAUAGCCUACUCAACAUAAAUAAGUUGAACUUUAAUCAUUUUUGCUUGAUUGACACAAUUUUUUCUAUACCUGAACUAAAAAUCAUAUAUUAGAAAAUGUUAGAUAAGAACUCUUCUUAUCCGCUUGGAUGCAAUAUGGAAAUUAGCAAAAUUGAUAUUUGCUAAUCAAGUUCUAUUCACAUGACUGUUAAUUCCCUUUAAAACUUUUUUUAUGCUAGUGCAUGUAGAAUUUACAAUGAAUAAGACUCAUUCUUGUGCAAUAGAGUGGAUUGAUCAAUUAAGUUACUGUUUGUAGGGAAUAUAACUAUAAUAAUAGAUAUAGGAUAACUAAAAAGGCUGCAUCUAGUAUAUACAGUAUCUGUACUUUUGAUAUUUGAUCUAAAAAUUAUAGCAUCGUGUAAAACUGUCAAUGUUUCCUAAAAUUUAAUUUAAGAAAAUCAGAACUCAAUCUUAGCUGAUUUAUCAGUUCAGUUGGAAAUGUUUGUUACUUUAUUCCAUUUUAUAUCUUGAAUUGUUGAUACUUUGUAAGGUUGUGCUUUUAUUUCAAUGUUGAAGAUGUGUUGUACCUCAUAGUGAGAUUAAGAAAUGCUGUAAGUGUUCAUUUCAAAUCUAAAUGAUAUACUCAUAAAUUUAGUGUACAUUUUGUUGUGAAAUUGAAAUUACAGUCACAAAAAUAUGCAUGUAUUUUAUAUGUGAAUGCUUACUAUGUAACAGCUUUACUACUUACCAGAGCUAGUCUUUUUUAAAGCUCUCAAAUCUUCCUCAAAGUCCCCUCAUUUGGAGUUGUCUUUCUUUGAAUAUAUGAGACUGUGGAAGAAAAUCGCAGGGCUUUGAAAAACAGUUGCUUUCUUGAUCUCAAUGAGAUAUCUUGGCUUUACAAGCAAGAGAGCAGUAUUUUUUUUUAUUAAAUUUAUUCAGGUUUUUUAUUUUUGUCUGCUGCAAAGCUGUGAUGCUUUUAUUCUUAUUUCAUAUCAUAAUUAAGGCAUUCCAUUUUAAUUGCUUUGCAAUACCUGUGACCUACCCCCCCCCCCUUUCACAUAUGUUAUCUGUAUAACCUUAUUAUACAGUUAUGAUAUAAUCAUAAAAGGAAACAAAAAUAAUUAUAGUACAGGUUUACCUUGUACAACAAAAUAGAUAUACAUCCACAUUCUGGUGUUUUAUUUAUAUUUCCUCUGUCCUUGUUAUCUAUGCAUGCUUUGUUCUAUGGUAGCUAUCCGUAUAUGCAUGCUUUAUACCUCAUAGCAUGUCAUUAAAAUACUUCAUGUGUGGGAAAUAUGUAAUUAUAAGCAAUCUGAUCUUGAGAUGCUGAGAUUUUUUUUUUAAGGGAAAACUUGCAGAUUUACAAAUGACCCAUGAAUAACACUUUAAUUAAAUGGUUUUUCAUCCGUAAUAGGAAAGAUUAUACCAGACAAAUACAUGUUCUCAAAAACUUAGAUAAAUCAAUGCACAUGUUCUGGAUUUCAGUAUUUUUUAACAAUAUUUUAUGACAAUAUUAAAAACAAAAUGGGGAUAAAAAAAGUUCUAAAUUUACUGAGGCAUUAAAGACUUGCACUUUCGAUACAGAACUUUUCUACAUAAUUUUAUAAAGUUUGCUUAAUCAGUUACAUACCUUAAAUAUAUCUGUUUGUAUGUAUACUUUGAUAUAUUGGAUCCAAUGCAUGUAAUUAAUACCACACUUUGACACAAAAGCAUAUAAAAUAUGUAACUUGCGCAUUAGAUCUCGGUAUUUAUGAAUUAUUUGUGUCUUGCAGUUAUUUUGUAAAACAUUGAACUGCAUGUUGCAUAAUCCUUGCACUAAUUGUAGGCUAUAUUUCUUUCAGUGCUAUAUCUCCUACACAUUUUUUGUUCGUUUGUCUUCAGAGUCAAGACAUUCUGAUACUGGGCUGGAAUGAUGCACAGCUAAUUCAUGAUACUAGAACAUGUUUCUUAUAAUGGCCCCCUUUAUUCCAUUUUAUUGAUGGCUUUCCUUUAUAUUAACAUGUCUAGUCACACUGGUUUUUUUUAGUGGUGCUUUUUUUUAUUAUCUCAAAAUGCAGUGCUGCCCUUUCAUUGAAAGUUUUCUGCUUUUUUGCCUCUUGUUGAUGUCAGUGUAUUCAUGAAAUUGCAAUAAAUUUAAAGCCUUGUAUAAAUAUAUCAGCAAAAAGUUCAUUGAAAAUUUUGAAUGUUUUCUAGCACAUUUGAAAUGAAGAUGUACAAAAUCACAUUGAUUUAUGAUAUUUAUGUGUAGUACACCUGUAAAAUAUUAUAAUAAUUGUAUUAAUCCAUUACUCUUUUGAUUCACAAUAUCAAUUUUAUUUAAAUACAUUAUGCUUGUGUCAGAUUGAUAGAGUUAUGCAGGCAUCAACAAACUAAUACCUCGUGAAAAUUGUUUUUUGCUCUUGUACAAUGAAAUAAGGUUUAAUUUAAAGCCUUUCAAAGGUUGUGUAUCUUAAGAAAAUCUUGAGUUUUUUUUCAAUUAAUAUUCUUCAUGUAGUUGUUAUAUAUUAAAUAGGACAAAAAGAAACGGACACUUUGUUGGGGAGAAAGUUUAGAUGUUGCACCUAUUAAUUGUCUCUUACUAAUAACACACUUGUUUGUGUAUAAUGAAUUUGCAAUUGGUCAAAUAAAAUGAAAAAAAAAAUCUACUGGAAUUAUUUUUGUUGAUUAUAACAGGCAAAGGACUGGAAUGAACCUAAAAAUUCUGCCCUAAUUCAAGAUGUUAUUUCAAGUUCAUUACGUUAAGUACCCAAACCUACACGAUCUGGGAAUGACUUUCAGCAAGAAGAAAAAAAAAAGGAAUAUUCAGCUAUCUUCUGUUGCCUUGCCAAAACAAUUGCAUGAAUUUGAACCCCUCCCACUUAUGACCUGAUCCUACCUCUAUACUCCUCAAACAAGGCUGUUGAUAUGCUAUCAUGUAAGAGUUGCUGGUUCCUACAGACCACGACAUGGAAUUUAAAUUUUUGAACUUUUUUUUAAAUUAGAGCAAUUGGUACAAGAUAUCUUUCCUGUGUGUGUUGAGGCCCACUUAACAGUACCAUGUAGGAGAGAUAUCUGAUAAAGAAUGUCUACGUUACAGCUGUGAACUGGACUGUAGUCUAGAUUGACUGUACACUAUUCCUGCUGGCAAAAGGAAAGGUGUUGCACAGGUUAACAUAAGUAAAGAAGAAGAAACAGAAUCACCGUCAGAAAUGACUUUAUUGGAAGCCAUGUUCAACAGUUAAAAAAUAGGAAGUCGUACGUGUUACUGUUACAAUUUAACUUACAAAGUAUUAAUUUCUCCAAGUAACACAUUCACAGUGGUACACAUACAUUAUUAAUUUUUCUAAUCGUAUUAAAAAUGUUCUUUAUAUUGUAAAAAUAAUGCACAUGAAAUUAAUGCGUUUCUUAAAUAAAGCAAUGAGAUUACUACUCUCGUGUUUGAUGAAUGAAAUGGGCGUGUCUCUAAAACAAGUACAUCUCUCCGUAAUUUCUUUCCUCCUUUUUCUCAGAGUCAAUAUUAAUAAUUAGAUAUAACUGAGGUAGACGUGCAAGGACACAAAACAAAAAGUUGUUCUUGAAAUUAAAGAAAGGUCGAAAGAGAACAUAAAUUCCAGCCAAGUAAGAAAAGUUUUUCUUAUCUGUUUGUAAGUGUAAAACUAGCAACAACAACAAAAGAACAAACAGAAUCACUGCAAACUACAUCAGACGUGUGGGCCUGAAUCGUUAAAAUCAAGAAUCAAACAACAAGUAUUUUCCUCAUUAAUUAAGAUGAGUGGUCAUUUUAUCAAACCAUACAAUUAGACAGAUUACUGUAUAAAAGGGGGCAGUGCUUUAAGACAAUUAACAGUUCUUUGCUUGCUGAUUUAAAAUUUGUAUAAAAGUUAAAUUCACUUCAUAUUGCUACGGCAACACCAAACAUGCGUCUUUCAAAACAAAA